CCCGUUUAAGGCAGCUUCGCCGCCAGACAGGCAGAAACCCAAACUUGAACCAAGGACUUGCAGCCAUUUGGGCUGAACUCGAUCCAUCAUCAUAUCCGAUUCGAUAAAAAGUUCCAUUGCACCUUCCAGUUAGCCUUACUAGAGAAGCCCCUCCUUCCUUGUGCCGCACAGUGCAUCCCAAACCCAACAGCUGCAUCUUGCCUUCUCGAUCCCUGCAUACGUCAACUGCAUGACUCGACUCAAGCACGGCUGGCAUUUCUUCUAAUGGAACCACAGACCAGCGACUUCCCACAAAACGAAAUCUCAGCAGUCAGCGUCCGAGACGGUGAUACUCGCCUCGCUGCGGCCGAACAGCGGCUUGCCACCUCUUUACCCAUUCUUCGGUUUCCUCGACCACAGGGGAGUCGGCAUCUUGCCAACUGGGUCUCCAACAGCUCUCCCGACAUCAUGAAGUCAACCAUGUCCGACACCAGCAGUCUGACCGAUUCCUCAUACGAAAUCAUCCACAACACGGACACCGAGAGUCAGGAUGACCGCCUGACCGAAUCGGUCGGCUCGCUUUCAGUGCCGCAACAAGGUGACGUACACAGCUUAGACGGGUCCGAGACACCGUCCCACACAGAGUCGGACGACGAGUUGGAUCAUUCUCCUUAUGUGCCAUCCAUCACGUACGCUGACCAGGCACUUUCAAACCCCUCCGGCCAGCUUCCGGCAACCAGCCUGGAAUACGGAUCAUCCACUGAAGGAUCCGGUGUCGUUGUCAGUGCUAUCGAGUUUCCGGAAGAGGAGAGCGAUGAAGCCGCUUUCUCAGAGAAGAUAUCGGCCAAACAUGCCAUUCGGGAGUUUGAUGAUAUUGAGGCCAUGGCGAUCGCACAAGAUAUGGACCUCCUGCACGUCCCGAAUCGUCUGGUAGCAUCGAUCCGCCAGACGAUGUCUCACACAUACCUGUCGACACGUGAACCCCUCAGAGUCCUCUAUGUUGGCCGAGCCGAUGCCCAGCGAAGCAUCGUGCUCAAGAUCUGCAGUGCCAUGUGGGUGUCGCCGAAGAAUACUCUCAACGGCCAAGACCCCUUCGGCCGCUACCAUGAGGGGGUUUACAACAUAGUGCCCGUCUCGUCUUUCGGCCCGGCCCCAGAGCUUGACCUGAUAGAGGCAUCUGCUUGUCAGAUCAAGGUGGAGCACUGUAUUUCCGCCGAAGCCAUAUGUGGUCAAGAUAGCGCCCUGGGCGCCGUAUUUUCCGUUACGGUCGAACACGAGAGGUCUUACACCUCCUUCCUGCCGCCGAGCGGCUCAGUCGUGCAUCCGAAGUGGGAUCUACCCCAUGUCGCAGUCUUCUUCUGCGCCGAUUCCGAUGAUGCAGAGGCCGAACGAACGAGGCAUGCCGCGUGGUCCUUCAUGAACCGCCACGGUGUCCCAUGCGUUUUCAUUGCUGAACAGCAGAACUUCUGCAACCGAUGGGACCAGUACAUUGACGAGCAUGUACUCCAUCUUUGCCUGGAGAGCCGAGAUCUAGAGAGGCCACUCCCUCCACACCGGUUCCCAAUUGACUACGCAUCCUUCGCGAACAUCGAUUCUAGACAGAUGAACCGGCACCUGGCCUAUUUGACCGGACUGACCCAAGAUGAAGAGACGGCUUUCGAGCAAGAUACUUCAGCAACGCAGUCAAUGCUGGCGGGGCUUCAAACGCAGAAGGCCCUUGGUAAGGCGAAGCGAGUCUUUCACCAGCUCGCCGAGCGCAGCGAUGUAAACCGGUGGAUCUGGGCUCUGCUCAUCCCCGUUUUGGUUUCAAUGGUUACUCCAUUACUCUUCUCCAUUUUCUCUGGAUGGCCGCGGUCGGGAGGUCCUCCGCAGUUUCAGCCACUCUCUUCCGGUGUCACCCCUCCAACUUCUCGAGUGGAUUCCGCUACCAGAAGCUCACCGGUACCGACAUCUACAACAACAGUCGUGAUAAAUGUCACGUCCACCAAGACUGUCCAGGUCAGUCAGACGAAGCCAUCGACUAGUGCUCUGGCUUCUGCCUUGUCUUUCGCUGGACUCCUUUCCGACACCCCUUCGGCUACGCCCGCCGAAUCCGAGACCAAAAGGCCUGUUGACUCUACCAGAAGGACAGUUUGCUCAGUACGGGUCUACAGCUCGACGGAGCUUCUAGUGGCUAUCCCAAGCCGUAACAAAGCGGUUUGGCUUGCGGACGGUGCAAUCGACAUCGACGUGCGUCGCAGUGACGGGCCCAUUAAGACCAGGAUUUCGUCUGUAGACGAAGGCGUCCUUGUCGAGCUCCCUGCGAAAGAAGCGUAUGGUGUGCUGAAUAUCUCUGUUGUCACAACUCGGCGUCCCAGGAUCAAUGAGACAUUCCAAGUGGAUUUCGGCAAGAACGUUCUCGCAGAGGCUUUCGAUGCUGGCUUCCAUAUGUUGAAGGGAAUAGCCAGGAAGAUGGAGCUGAGAGCCGGCGGAGUACCACACCUUGUCGACGAGGCUCGCAAGUUCCGGGAGGAGGUUGUCUCCACCAUGGAGCACGCCUCGGAAGCUGUCCGGAGUCACACAGCCAGCACGGUGAAGCGGACAACGGAUAACAUUCGGGAACACGUGGCUCGCCAGCUUGAGUCAGCUGAAGCAGUCCGCGGGGAGGUCGGCCUCUCCAUUCUUCGAGCGCAGAUUGCAUCGCGGCUAUGGUGGCUCAAGCUUCAGGGGAAGACAGACGAGUACGCCGAGUAUGCGCGAAACGCUUCUCGCUUUCUCAACAUGAAGCACGAGGAGCAUCUCAAGAAUUGCGGCGACCCCAAGGGACAGGAGAAGAGCUCGCUGAAGGAAGCGAAAUCAUUCUUUGGCUUGCGAACCGGGAUGUACAGCCCCUGGAGGAAGAACUGUGCGCGGCGUGAUGACAAGGCCAAAGACGUGAACCCGCGUUACAGCGGCUGGGAACCUCGGUGGAGGAGGUUAAUGGGGGCAGUAUAAGCCUACAUUUUUUUGCACGAUUUUAUGUCUACACCGGCAUCUUUCCUUUGUGCCGGGCUCUGUCGGGAUAGGUACACGGGAGUGGAGGAGGGAAUAUCUGUUUAUGGGAAAUGGCUAUUG